AUGAAACUGCCCCACACACCUCCAGAAAUCCAGGCCAUUGUCCUCCUCCUCCUUUUUCUCAAGCCUCUCCUCUACAGAUGCACCCUGCGGGAGGAAACCGCCAGACCUACUGCGCAGAGAGAAGACUUUGGCUUCAACCAGAUACCUGUGGGAAAGGACAGCGCCCAGGGCGCGGGACCCAACAGGCCCCUUUCCAGAAUCAGGGCCCGGAGUAGCCGACGCCACCGGCCACCCGCUCCCGCCAGAUGGGCACAGAGCUCGGACGCCAUCCCGCCCCCCCGCCCCGGCGGCCUCCCUGGGCGCCCCCCACCCCAGCUCCGGCUCCGCCAUUUCUUCCGCAGCAGCCUCCCCCCACAGCUCUCUCCCGGCACAGGCACCGUCGACGGCGGGUCGCGGGCGCCUGGAAAGCUGGCCGCGGAGUGGCGGGAGCAGUUCGCCUCCAGAGGAUCCGAGGGAGCCUCUCCGGCCAGCCCCGGUGCCCGGGGGCCCGGCCCGCGCCAGUCGCCGCCUCUCCUCGCCAGGGGUCCCGCGGCGCUGCGCACCUCUCUCAGGGAGAUCGCCUCCUCCUGGCCAGGCUGCCAGGGUCUGGGGUCCGGGAAGGCUGGAAGCCGGGAGACAGUGGGGGGUCCCCCCGCCUCCCCCCACGACACCCCCACUUGCCUUCACAGGCUCAAGGUGCAGGUCGUUGGCCUCCCCCCUCCUCUCGGAGCUCCUCACUCGGAUUCCCACCGCCUUGCGUGCGGCCAGAAUCGCAAAGAGGCGUCCCGCCCCCCGCGCCGCUGCACCAAACUGGGCAGGGGCUGCGCAGGAUGCGGCACGAAACGCUCGCGGCGAGGGUGUCGGGAAGGGGGGCGGAGGGAUACGACACGAAUGGGCUCGACGCCCCCUCCCCGGCCCACCCUAGUUCCGACCCAAAGGGGGCGGGGCCGGGAGGAGCCCCAGCCUAAGGGGCGGGCUCACAGCAGCGCGCCUCUGCAGACCUCCGCGGCGACCACCCCCUCAUUGCUGGCCCUGCAAUCUAUGGGACCCGGGGAGGGUUGGCGGUGGGGGCUAGGAUCCAGGGGUCGGGGGCGGCGGGGCGGGGAAGGUGCGCUGCCGGCAGCAGCGGAUGGAUAUCAGCCGCCCCUCGGUGUGUGA